ACAACUUGUGGCUUCUGAAGAAGGGCUCAGCUCCAUGGAGUUACUAAAUCUAUUAUCAGUACUGAAAAGCAACAGCUCUCAUGCCAGAAACAGCACAUUCCAGAAUAACAUCUGAUAUUAAGACUACAAUUGGGAUCCCAGUUUCUUCUUAGUUCAGUCAUUAUAGUGACUAGAUUAUGGUUGAAUAUCUGAGGAAUCUAGGUUCAUUCUCAACAGGGGUAAGGAAUUUUUGUCUUCUCUGCAAUGUUUAGACCAGCUUUGGGACUGGUGAGCCUCCUGACCAGUGGGUACCAGAGGUUCUUUCCCUGAAUGUGAAUGUGAGGCUGACCACUCACCUUCAUAUAGUGUUGAGGACUUUUCUGCAUGAUGAUUAGUAUGAAGAUUCUAUGUGAAUUUACAAGAGAAAUCAUGCCAUGUGUCUGUUGAAAAAUUAAAUCAAAUGAUAACAGAAGGUCAUUUUAAACCUACACUGCAGCAUUUUUUACAGAAUUAAAAUUGUUCACAGUGUAAUGUAUAUCUUGAAAUUACACCGUCUGUAUCCUAGUUUGAAUAUCUGACCAUGAAAAGAGGAAAUGGAUAGUCUAACAGUAGUGCACCAAGAAGCAGAAGACUGCAAGGGAACUGUGCAGCCCUUGGAGUUUGGUUGUGUGUCAAGCUGGGACCAGUGGUGGUGGCUCAGCAGUGCUGUCUGUAGAUUGCAGAGGACGCCUGGAAGUAUCAUGCUGUUGGUAGUCCAAGGAAGAGGACUUUUGUCAGUGCCAAAGUUUGGUUGGACAUAGAAUGCAUAUCUCUGGCUCUGCAUAGCUACAAUUUAAGGGGGGGGGGUCAGUCUGGAUGAAUGCGUGGAAUAAUUUAAUGUUGCACCAUCUCAAGUCAUUACAUAAUACUUUCGAAAUGUGUAACACCGUUCCUCAUCACUGUAUGGGUUCUGAGUCCUUAGAAUGUUAGCGCAAAACAUUUUAAUUUUGUGUGAGGAAAAACCAAUAAUGUCUGCUGACAUUUAUAAUUUGUAAUUAAUGCAUAGGCCAUUGUUUCUGUGUUGAGGUUUGUAUCAGGAAGGUUUGGCUUAUAAGCAUCAGACAUAAUACCGAACUUCAAAUUUGGAGCCCGAAACCUAAUACCGUGAAUGUACGGUCAGGACUGCUGUAUUAGUAUAUCAGGGCUUUGACACCUCUCGAUCUAAAAGCAACAAAACGCUACGUUGCACGUUUGUCAUAGUUCGUACGGCGACCAAUAGAUAGUGCUGAUUUGAUUGCAGUGCUAUGGCGGUUUGUGGCAGAAAGUUAGUGUAGUUCCAUGUUCCAUGAUCAGCGUUUGUUGUUCUUGUUGGUAUGAGUGCUGCGUGUGUGAGUGAUAUUUGUUCGUGCAAAGAUGGAUAUAGUUUAACGUUCCUGUUUCUGAAUAUGCAGCUUCACCACUAGCUGUUGGCAGAGUCUGGGCAACUUGACAGCCCGGCAUGCCAGUGGAGCACGUGACCUCAGGGGCCCGCAGGUCAAGAGGGCUCUCUGAUAUUGCACCCCAGUAUGUAGCCAAGAGUGGACUUUGUGCAGCGACAGAAAUGGAAUCUUCUCGUGGUGGCAGCAUCCGUAUUCAACACCUAACAGCCGCAUCCAGUUCCCCUGCAGAUGGCAGAUCGCGUUUUCCAAAACUGGAUGAAUGUGCCCAUUUUCACUACGAACAAGUUGAACUGGGGCCCUUUCAGGUCUGUCUGUAUGAUGAGGAACUUAAGCCACUAGCAUAUGAAGACUCAGAGAACAAGUGGUGGCACGUGGCUGUCACUUCACAGGGGAAAACUUGGGUGCUGAGAAGAUCAUAUGAGAACUUCCGUAUGCUGGAUAAACAACUUCAUCGCUGCAUCUAUGACCGCAAGUUUUCUGGACUUCAGGAACUUCCACCAGAGGAUAAUAUCCCAGGAGACAAACAAGAGGAGAGCGUACGUGGCUUGUUGACAGAAUAUCUGAGCCGCUUCUCCCAGAUAGCUGGCAAUCUAAUCAACUGUGGCCCAGUGUUGAACUGGCUGGAAUUGGACAAUCGAGGGCGCCGGAUUCUGGUUCCAGACGGAGACAAUUGUCCCAUAAAUACUCCUGCUGUUGCUGCAGCAUAUUCAGUCAAAAGAUACACAGCUCAGGCUGGGGAUGAGAUUUCAUUUGAGGUGGGAGACAUGAUUUCUGUUAUUGACAUGCCGCCUCCUGAAGAAUCUGUAUGGUGGCGGGGUAAGCGAGGCUUCCAGGUCGGUUUCUUCCCAUGCGAGUGUGUGGCAAUUAUAGGAGACAAGGUGCCCCAUAACUUACAACUUCCAGCGCAACUUGUCCAGCGGCCCACACCUGAUCAACCUAGCAAACCUGUCUUGAGGAAGCAUGGCAAGCUGAUUGCUUUCUUCCGUUCAUUCAUUCUAUCUCGCCCGUCAAGACGACGGCUCAAGCAAUCAGGGAUAUUAAAGGAGAGGGUUUUUGGCUGUGACCUUGGAGAACAUUUGCUCAAUUCUGGCCAUGAAAUUCCAAUGGUUCUGAAGUGUUGUGCAGAGUUCAUUGAAAGCCGUGGUAUAGUGGACGGUAUCUACCGACUCUCUGGCGUUACUUCAAAUAUCCAAAAGCUCAGAAAUGCGUUUGAUGAAGAUCGGGUUCCAGCUCUCUACGAGGAUGAAGCAAUUCUCCAAGACAUACAUUCAGUUGCGUCUCUGCUCAAGAUGUAUUUUCGUGAGCUUCCAAACCCUCUGUGUACAUACCAGCUGUACCACACUUUUGUAAAUGCUGUUCAGUCAAGCCAGGAAGAGGGCUACAGACUCCUUCGUAUGAGGGACGCUGUGCAGAAACUACCACCUCCCCACUACAGAACUCUGGAAUACUUGAUGCAGCAUUUAGCUCGUGUAGCAAAACAUGGGCACAUGACAGGCAUGACCCCUCGCAAUGUGGCCAUUGUAUGGGCUCCAAAUCUUUUGCGCUGCAAGGAACUUGAAGUGGGUGGAGUGGCAGCACUGCAAGGUGUUGGGGUUCAAGCUGUUGUUACAGAGUUCCUUGUCUGCUACACCGACCUCAUUUUUUGUGAUGGUCUUCCAUCAAUAGGCAACUUGCCUCAUCCUCAAGUAACUCCAAAACGCAGUCGGCCUAAAUCUCUUGCCAUUUCCACACCAACCAAAUUGCUGUCUCUUGAAGAAGCCCGCACACGAGCAUUAUUGUCUUCAAGCAAGGCAGAGCAAGAGUACAUUGAAGUUGGUGGUGGACCAGCAAACCUUCCAGCCAAGUACCAUACAGUCAUUGAACUUCCAGGGUCCAGCAGGAAACGCAGUGGAUCCUCCAGUAAAAGAUCUCCACUAGGCUGGAAGUCAUUUUUCAGCAAAUCUGGACGUAAAACCUCAGGACCCCAGCAACAUAAAGCUUCCAUUCCGUCAGACUUGGGACUCAAUCGGGAGAAAGCUGUGACGGAAAAUGAACUGGCUCAGGGGCGGCGGAGACUGCGGCCUGUGAAAAGUGCUGAAUCUCUUACUUCUGUAGCAGACUCAUGUCGAAACUCUGCAGCUUUGGACCUAGAAUCGAAGCCCACCAUUGAGCACUCCGAUGCUGACACCUUGUCACCAGGCCCUGUCAGCAAUAAAUCAAGUGGACACAGCCGCUCUGUGUCACAUGACUCAUACUUUGAUCUGCUGGCAGAGACUCCAGUUCACUCCCAUCCUGUAGUCAGACCGUCCAGACUACCGGAGGAGGAAGCUGAGGAUCACUUCUCCUCCUCUCUUGAUCUCAGUGAGAUUCGGCUGAACUUUGACUUGGAAGAGUCAGAGAUGCAGAUAUUUUCAGAGGAUGAAACAUUGACAGCUAUGUCAGUGGGUAGCGGCAGUAUCGUAUCACAUCCAUUUCCUCGUAUGGGAACUGCAGUCAAGGUCCGACAGCAGAUGAUGAGCAGUAAGCGGAUGCCAGUGCCUCGUGCGCGGCCUGAGGACCCACUCAGUGGCUGCCCCAGUGCUGAUCCCUCACCAAAGAAACAAAAAACAUGUGCAGCCCCCAUUUCUCCUCAGGGCUCAAGUCGCUCAAAGCGGUCUAGGCUAGAAGAACAGCUGGCAUGUUCAGCAGCAGAACUGCGCUACAUUGACAGUCAGAGUCCUGAGAACCAGCAGUUACUGGUGCAGGCUGAAGUUCACCCUCAUCGUCGUUACAUGAAUGUCAGUGAUCCGAAACCUCCCACCAUGGCUUCCUCUUCUGCUGCAGCAGCUGCCAGCCCUCCAAACACAGUCAAUGCGGCCAGUGCACAUACAGACAAUACAAGUCCAUCAUUGGCAGAAGCAACAGUCUCUGAUAAUGAAAGUUUUACCUUGCACAGCUCCGGACUCCCUACUCCUGACACACCGCUGCUUUUGUACACGCCGCUCCUGGAUGAUGAAACUUGCAGCAACAGCAGUACUACCAACACACCAGAUUAUGAUCUCAAACUUACACCUAGUCCUGCCACGCCUGGGAGCACAAAGUAUCAUCUUCUGGGAGCACCUAGUCUCUCCCCUUCACCCACUCCGACCCCAACACUAACGCCAAAUUUAGAUGGUGAGAACAGCUAUGAGAAUAUACUUACACAGGCAGUACAGUGUAGUGGGGUAAGGUAUGAGAAUGUUCCAGGACCACUUACAAAUGUACAUAUGUCAAACAGCCAUUCCAGUGGAAUGUCAGUUUAUGGCUCUAAAUAUGUCAAUGUUAUGGGUCCACUACAAACAGAAGAAAGGAUAUUGGUAGAUGAUACUAGUCCAUCAUUAGCAGAAUCUCAGACUAGGAAUGAAAAUUUCCCAUCCAAAGGGAAAGACUGUGAUGUUUAUGAACCUGUAACAGGUCAGGGGCUGAGCCUGGAAGACAGUGUUACAUACGAACCUGUGAAUAUUCCACAGUGUCAGGAAGACUGCAUUGGUUUGGAGUUGGCUUCAAAUUGCAAUGAGCAACGUGUGUACCAGAAUGUGCCGAACAGCAGCUGUGCAGAUGAGGAACAUCUGUAUGAGGUUCUUCAGUUGAAUCCUGCUGCUUCUAGUUCUUCCCCUCAGAAGAGUGCAGGGCAUGUGGAAGAAGUCAAAUCCGACAAUGAUGUAGAAGUGUACCAGCAAGUGAAAUAUUUCAGGCAGUCAAUCCAUGAAGUGAACCAACUUUUAGGAGAACCAGGGUGUGAUGUGAUGGACCCAGGUGAUAAAACACUAGAGAGAUUGGGAGGGAACUGUGAUUCAGAAGUGGUUGAGGCAGAAAAGGCAGGAGUAACUCAGGAGUCUGUGCAGACUCAAAGUGGUGAGGUGCCACAGGAGUGUUCAUUUGUAGAAGCUUUCUGUGAGAAAUUGUCACCAGAGGACUCUGAGGAAAUGGAACCUAGUGAUACAGGGCAACAUGAGGGUUGUUCUGAGAGUGGCAGAGAUGGUGAAUCUGUGCUUCAGAGUUGUGAUAUAGUGACAGUGAUUGGUUCACAAACCACACAGUGCCAGUCAGCUGAGAAUUGUGACGAGGGAAGUAAACGCAGUGAUUCUGUGAUAGAAGGGCGCAUGAUUUUGCAGAUUAAGACUUCUGAGAGACAGACUUCAAAUGACAGAAAUGAGUCUGAAGUAAGUCCAGUUUGUGCCUCUGUGGGGUCUCCACAGUUGUCUCCAGAGCAUCGGAGGCUGGCUGUCUUGGAUCCAAACCCAAACAGGCGGAAAUUUGAGUCUGAAAUUGGUCGUGAUAUUCUUCGGGAAAGGCGGAUGAGGCAAGAACUGGAGGAAAUGAGAAUUGCAAACCAAGGGAGUGAUGGGACCUCCCAGCAGUCACAGAAGCAAAGCAGCAAGUGUAAUAUUCGAGAACUACUUUCGAAGUUUGAGACUUCUCCAACUCUCGCUCAGCAUGGUCUUGAUGGCCAGUCCUCUUCUACAACAUCUCGCCAGCGGUUCAGCUUCUCCAGCCACGAAACUGCUGAAAACUUGGGCAUGAAUUCUGAUUCCAUUACUUCAACCUUAAAUCAAAAGCUGGACUCUCAUUCAGUCACUGUUUCAGAUAUGUCUUUGGAUACCAAGCCCAAUCGAGUCUUCAUUUCUGUGAAUCCAGAUAUGUCUGAGAAAGACUCUGGCUUCACAUCAGUUAUGCCUAAUCUGCCAUGUCAUUCAGGUCCAAGUCCACAUGGGAAUUCUGUGACAGCAGUACCACCAUGUGAGCAAACAGGACUUGCAAAGGCAGCAAGGGGCAAGCUUGCAAAUUCAACAGCUUUGAGUGUGUCAUUGGGUGAGGGCGAAUUUCUUGCUUCCAGUAGUGAAGACCCUGGCCAGUUGGUACGUGUGCAGACUUCACCUGACAUAAAUGACACACGGGAGCAUGAAGAUAGCUUAGUGACAAAUGACUGUGAGAAGAACAAAAGUGCAUCUCAAGUGGGUGGUGUACCAGGGGAAAAAACAGUUUUUAUUGCAGCCAUAGGUCUUGAUGAUCCAGAAAGAAGAGAAAGGAUAGAGCGAUAUAAGGAGGAGCGAAGGUUGUUCCUUAGGGAGAAAUACCGUUCAGAGAGUUUCCGUGGUGAACGUGAUGAGAUCUUACAGCGAUUAAAACAGAAAGCAGGAAAAUCAGUGUCAGGUCCAGCAGUUGAACCUGUGGAUAUAUCUCGUUCCUUUGCAACAGGAAGUGACCGAGUGCGAAGGAACAGUUGUCGAACUACAGCAGAUGAAAGAGAGAGAGACAUUAUGAUAGAGUCGCUUCCAGGUAACGAACGGCUUUCUGGGACACUGGAGAGAAGCAGAGAAAGGAGGUUUGGGAGGAGAAGUGUAAGCCCAAAAGAUACGGACAGUGAGCUGUCAGGUAAACAGAUGUACGAUAGUGUGUCAAGCCCUGGACGUCUUGAUAAACAAUUAGAACUUGGUAGUGAUGAUUGUCGAAGUGCACGUCACUGUCGUUCAUCUACAGGUGAUAAACAGAAAUUCAGCAGUUCCCCCAUGAGUCCUGAGAAAUCACCAAUUACUUGUGUUACCGUGAGACAUAGACUUAAUUCUGAUUGUAUGAUUGUCAGUAUGGGACCAACUUCAAACCUUCAUACUAAUGAAAGAGACAGAUUCACUUCUAGGUCAUCAGGUCCAAUCCAUUUGGAGGAUCACUCUAAACCAUCUGCACUUGAAAGUUCUAAGGGGCAUGCAUUGGAAGUGACAAGACAGUUCUCAAACAGUGAGACAGAACGACCCAACUCAUUAAGAACUGCAACUGUCAGGGAAAGUUUAACAAGGUCAGCUGAUAACAAUGUGAUACAAAGAAGAAGCACUGACAAGUUUGAGGGCUCUCCAGAGCACCCUUCUGUGGCGAUACGGUUGUCUGCAGGAGGAAAAUCAGGCGAUCCUGACAGGCGCCCUGCUUCAAUUCCAGCACAUUCACCAGAGAAUAGGGUUAUUAAUGACAGUUCAGGGAGGAGAUCAUCAGCAGAUUUCCCUGUUUGCCAGACUUCACCUUCCUACUGUAUCAGAGAUAUGGCAGCAUUGUUUGAAAACCGCAGAGAUGCCACAAGUCAGGCCCCUCCUAGACCUGCUCCAACGGGGAAGCAGUAUUUAUCCUCUGUCUAGGUUUUGCUGCCUACUAGAGAUGAGAAAGUGCGACUGUGAUAAGUACCAAGUAAGAAACGUACUAAACCUGCAAAAACAAAAUAAAACAUAAAAAUAAACCCUGCCCCCCAGAAUAAAAUAGAUAUGUAAUAUAUUUAUAUGCUUUUAAGAAUCAGAGGCAGCACCUGUUUCUUACAUGUACAUAGAUUCAAUAUUAGGUGCUGUCUUUUUGGAAUGAGAAGGAAAUCAGCUGCGAUGGAUCAUUCCAAGCAUUAUAUAAUGUCCGCUGCUCUGAAGUUCAGCGAAAGCUCUGUGGUCACAAAUGAUGUAAGACUCAAGGGUGCUUUUGAAGUACAAGUAUGUGAACAUUGCUUGAAUGGCAGAGUGUAUAAGUGUUACAACAGAAAAUCCCUAAAAAUGGAAAUAUAAUAACAAGUGUUGUGAAUGGUUUUUGCCUACUUUGUUCGAAGGGCUAACCUUCAUUAUAAGUGACAUAUUAUGGGCUUCUUUGCCCACGCAAAGUUCUAGAUAUCUGCUACAUGCUACCUGCAUUUGGUACUAGUGUGUGCUUUUCUAACAGACAGAACACAUUCAUGCAUUUUUUUUUCUGUUUGACAUGAAUGUUUUGAACUUGUGGAGUGACUUAUUGUUUUACAUAUAUGGAAACCAACCUCCAUUCUGACAUUAUGAUUUUCUGAGAGAGUUUUUCAUAAAGCUGGCUCAUUGUACCACAUUUUUUCACAUUUGUGUUCUGUGUAUUUGUUUUUGUAAUGAUAUGGUAAGAUGGUGUUAUUCAUCAAAUGUCAUGGAAUAUCAACAUUCCUCUGAUGCAGUUUUGAAGAUAUUGAUAAAACUUGACUUUUAGCAUGUUAAUUUGUUUUAAUGUAUUUAUUCAUUACAGCCAGCGCACUCAGAGGUGACUAGUGACCCAUAUGAAACAUGAAUUUUCCUCUCCACAUGCUCUGCCUGUUUUUGUAGAGACAGUCACAUGUCUGCCAUAUAUGCUGUAUUGCCAUGACAGUUUAUUACAGGUUAAUUGAUUCAGAUUUCAUUUAUUCGUGCGAUAAUAUAAGAACAUUCACAUCACAUUUAAACAAUGUAAGUCACAUACUUUUAGUGACAAUAACAAUUUGUAAUGAUAUUACAAUGUAACCACAUACUCAUUUCAGUGUAAUUCACAUACUCCUAGUGACAAUAAUGAUUUUUAAUGAUACUGUGAUAUAACCACAUUCUCAUUUUGAUCGUGUAUUAUCUCCUGCUCAUGGAUGCAGUUUUCCCAUUUUUUGAACCUCUUCACUUUUGAUUGUGGCUGCUAAUACAAACUUUUCACAUAAAGGGAAUUUUCAUAUAGUUAUAUUCACUCUCUCCAUUGGAUUUUGUUUUGCAAAUAUGCUUCUAAUUUCAUUUGAAUGUAUGCUACACAUUUUGAAGAUAUUGAUAGAUGGUACAGGAUUUGUAACGUCUUAAUUGUGUGACAAGUGUCCAGCCUGGCACUAACAAGUAGGACAACAGCACUGUCUUAGGGGUUCAAAACAGCUUUAAAUCAGCUGGAGGAAACUUUAAGAAAGUUUGUUAUUUUAAAGCUAUGUUCAAUUCAUUUGGUAAAUGAUGCACAGUCAAAUUUGGUUAUAGCAUCAACCAAAGGACAAGAGAAAUUGGGUCAUUAGAAACAAGUAUCAUGCUAGCUUAUGAAGGAAUUGAAUUAGAUUUCAAGAAGAAUUACAUAGGAUCAUUCUGUAGAGCACUAAAUUUCACUUCAAAUGUAAACUGGAUGUAAUAAUAAGUAGAAUAUGCACAUAUUUCUUGAGGCCCGUUUGUUACUGAAGCUAGUUUUUCAAUUUUCUUGGGGAACUGAGAGUACUCAGGGUCACUUCGUAUUACUUAAAAAGGGUUGUUGUCACAGAGAGUAUGAGAAAUCCUGUUAAACAUUUUGUUGUCCAUGCAAAGAGGUGGGGUGAGAGCAGGGUGCCAGAUAUUGUUAUAAACGAAUUUGUUAUUCCAUGUAAGGCUUUCUAAGAGAAGCAGAAAAGCAAAUGUUAUAUGAA